UGUCAUUAAAAAAUCAAUCUUUCCCAUUUUGUUUUGUGGGAAGAUUUAAUUUUUGCAUAAAGUUCGAGGAAUAUUAAACAGUAUUCAAAGCAGGCAUAAAAAACAUCAUGUUACCAAGGUUUGCUUUUCGCGGAAUCAUACCCGCACUAAGAUUAACGCAAACGUUAGCGGCUACUUCAAAAUCUGUUAUCAACUCAAAUAUUAAAUAUUCGGCUUUUACAUGGAAUCUUAACCAUCGUCUGUACUCCCUACAAACAAAUCCAGAAGACAUGACUGUGGACUUUGAUUAUGUAAAGAAAGCUACUUCAGAUAGUAGUAUUUUAAUUGUAGACGUUAGAGAACCAGAUGAAGUAAAAGAGCACGGGAAGAUUCCCAGCAGCAUCAACAUUCCAUUGGGUGACGUCACAUCAGUGCUUUGCACAAUGCCAGAUAAGGACUUUGAACAAAGAUACAAGAGACCAAAACCAUCUGAAGACACACAGAUCAUUUUUUACUGCAUGAUUGGAAAAAGAUCUGGAAAGGCCCAGCAUAAUGCCAUCAAUGCAGGAUAUAAAAAUGUUAAAAACUAUCUUGGCAGUUGGACCGAUUGGGCAACUAAGUCGCAGUAAUACAAAUAUCAAUGGCAUAAGAUUUAGCUGUAGCUUUGGACAUUGAAUAUCCCUAGUCAUUGUCAGAUACUAUGAAAUGUUAACUUUGCUUAUUAUUAGAUAUUUUAUGUUCAGUUUAUACCUUUGCUAAUAAAGAAUUUUAUGUUUCAA